UUCUACACUGCAAUUGCUUCCCUCGCUAAAACCCUAAAAAGUAAAAACCUCUGAGGAGCAGAGCGCAGUAAAGAACUAAUAAAACCAAAAAGAUGAGACCACCACGUGGCGGCGGGAGUUUCAGGGGAAGGGGAGGAAGAGAUGGCGGCGGACGUGGAUUUGGUGGCGGUGGACGUGGACGUUUUGGUGGCGGUGGACGCUUUGGUGGUGGUAAUUACGACGAAGGACCUCCCAGCGAAGUCGUUGAAGUUGCAACCUUUCUCCAUGCAUGUGAGGGAGAUGCUGUGUUCAAGCUCUCCAAUGUGAAAAUCCCACAUUUCAAUGCCCCAAUCUACCUACAAAACAAGACCCAGAUUGGGAGAGUAGAUGAAAUCUUUGGUCCGAUUAACGAAUCUCUGUUUUCUAUCAAAAUGAGGGAAGGUAUUGUAGCAACCUCGUAUACUCAAGGCGAUAAGUUCUUCAUUAGCCCUGAGAAGCUUUUACCUCUAUCAAGAUUCCUUCCUCAACCAAAGGGGCAAUCAGCAGGCCGUGGUGGAGGAAGAGUCCCUCCCCGUGGUAGAGGGCCUCCCCGUGGUAGAGGCAAUUUCAGAGGUAGAGGUGCUCCCAGAGGUGUUAGCAGAGGGUUUCAUCAAAGAGGUGGUCCUCGUGGAGGCUUUAGAGGCCGAGGGAGAGCCUAGAUUCAUAUUCUAUAGCCUUAAGCUUUUAUCUUUAAAAUGCUUUUUUAAAAACCAUAAUGAUGAUAAUUGUUUUCUAGCUUCUAGUUUUCUGAUACCUUGGUUUUAACCAGAGAGUAAAAAAGUUCAUCAUCA